GUGAAACUUCCAAAAAAUAUACUCCCCGUCCCUGUUUUCUCUCCCUUUUUGACCCGACAGAUGAGAGAGAAAUGUGUAAGAAUUGUUGUGAACCACAGAUUCUUUGUCAAAAAGGAAAGAUGAGAUAAUUUCAGGACGUGCGAAAAAGAAAAGUUUGAAGAUAAUUCGUGGACAGAGGAAGUAGUAUAAAUGAAAUGAAAUAAGAAUAAACGUAUGAAUAAAUAAAUAAAAUAAAACACUUUCUAGGCACUCUUCCCCCAAAAAACUUCAUUCUUCCACGUCUGUCUCAAUAUCAGGCCAAACGAACCUCAAAUUACCCGGUGAUUGCCCCAGCGGAUGCAGCCACGUACGUCGUUUUUGGUGACUCGCCAAAGAAUAUCUCUGACACACCCUAUCUUUGAAUUGUUCGAUUGCUUUGAACCUGACUCAUAUAAGAUGGCUACACUCAUUUCGUUCCUUCUUUGCUCACUCCCUUUCUUUAUUCGUUGUGCUUGCCUAGCUCUUCAACUGGUUUUUGCAGCUGUACCCCCGCUACUCUUCUUUGAUCCGCUUAAAUUUGAACAGACCAUUAUGGCAGCUGAAGUACCGAUUGUGUCGGUCAAACCGGAGACUAGGCCAUGGACCUGUCGAGUGACAGUCAUUGAAAAACAGAAUGUGCGAACCGCAAAGGCCUCGGCCAUGAGAUUUAUGCCUAUGAUACUCAGAGAUUCUGCUGGGAACAGAGUACAGGCGACUGCAUUCCAAGGUGACAUUCAAGGAAUAGAUCAACGGCUUGCAUUGUACUCGACCUACCUUGUCUCAAACGCCUUCGUGAAGCCGAUAACCGACAUGCGCUUCUUGGUUGAUGUGGAAUACCCAUAUGUGUGGUCGUUUACACGCCGCACUUUCAUCCAGGAUGUUGCCGCAGAGACGGGGCAAAACUUCCGCCAACUGGCUGAGGCAGACACCACCCCGUUCAGUGACAUAUAUGAUUCUUAUUUGCGUGAAACUCGUAUCAAUGUUAUGGCUGCAAUUGUAAAGAAAUUGCCACGCACCUUUGUCUUCUCCAAUGACACUCAAAAACCAGCAUGGGAUGUCGUCCUUAUUGAUUCACAGUGCAUCCCAAUCCCAUUCACUAUGUGGGAGGAAUUCGUCACCCGUCAUGGUCGCGAGAUAGAAAAGUGUCUUCACGCAGGUGAUUUCCCCCUUGUGCUCAUCAACAGGGCUGCCAUCAACCUUUUCCAAGGUUUGACUCUUGCAACUCGUUUUGACUCCCACGUUGAACUCAAUCCUGAUGGAGAACGCGCAUUGCAACUUAAAAAAUGGGUUGCUGAAAACAAAGCCAAUAUCAAUUACGCACUGCAUCGUAAAGAAUACGAUAACGCACUUACAUAUAUCGCCAAACCUCUUUUGCAACCACAAACUACCGUGGCAAACUUAGAAAGUGCACUGACUGAGGUUCUUGUUGUAUGGGUGUAUGGUAAGUUUCACUUGGCAGAUACUUCUGAAGAAGGGUACUACAUUGGUUGCGACUACUGCAACCGCAGAGUUCAUGGAAUCGAAGGUGCCAAUUUCCAAUGCUUAUUCUGCGGGCAAAUAAAUGGGACUACUGUUAAAAGAUUCAGACUUAACGCUUCACUUACCGAUGGAACCAGCACCAUUCCUGACGUGCUGCAGCUAUUUCAAUUCGUAUGCAUGGAUGCAACUACCGACAUGGAUCUGAAAUUGUUCGAUGCCAAAAUACAAAAGAUAAGUGUUCUUGCUGGGGUCAAGCGAACCAAACCUAACGAAGAGGGACUACAGGGCAAUCCGUACACCAUUGUAUGCGUCUCCAAACAGAAUGAAGCCCCCCCAGAACUCAAUUCAACACAGACUGAAACCCCCCCUGACUCCGCAGUUGUUGACCCUGCACCACUUGAAACUUCUGCUGAGCCAUCGAUCCUUUCAAAGAGGAAACUGAGCUUGAAGCCCCUUAGUGAACUACCAGCUGCAACUCCUUCCUCAUCUGCGAAUACUGCUGCGCACAAGGACAAUGUUGCGGAACAGCCACUUGCAAACCUACGCCCCAAAAAGCACAAGCCCAGCACUACUUAGUGUGCAGGUUGCACACAUUUUUUGCUAUGGUGGAUUCGCGAGUGCAUUCUUCUAACGGGGAUUAUAUAUGACUAUGCACAACCUACAUUCUUCCUAUGCCACCUUUUUUGCUGUCCAGCACGAUGUAUAAUUAGCGGAAAGUCGUAGUACUCACGGCAUUUUACUUGCCGCUUAAUUACCCAUAUGUGUGUGAAUGCUCCCUGUAUUAUAUCUUCAGCUACUUUUGCGUGUAUGUUAAUAUUAAUAAGCAACACAUCUUGUAAAUGUUAAGCACCUUGGCUUGCCAGUUGUUGGGAAUGUAUAUAUGCCUGUCUUUGUAUUUCAC